AUGGCUAAAAAAUACGAAGGACGUGCCGUGGGAAUAGACCUAGGUACAACAUAUUCUUGUGUUGCUGUGUGGCUCGAUGAUCACAAUAGAGUUGAGAUUAUUCAUAAUGACCAAGGCAACAGAACCACACCUUCUGUUGUUGCUUUCAAUGCUGAUCAAAGGUUGAUCGGUGAUGCUGCUAAGAAUCAGGUUGCAUCUAAUCCACAAAAUACUGUGUUCGAUGCUAAAAGAUUAAUUGGUAGGAAGUUUAGUGAUUCAGUUGUUAGAAAGGAUAUAUUGUUGUGGCCAUUCAAGGUUAUUCCUGGAAUAAAUGAUAAACCCAUGAUUAGCCUCAUGUAUAAUGGUGAAGAGAAGCAAUUUUGUGCUGAGGAAAUAUCAUCCAUGAUUCUUUCAAAGAUGCGAGAAUUUGCUGAGGCAUAUCUGGAAUCGCCCGUCAAGAAUGUUGUUGUUACUGUGCCGGCUUACUUCAAUGAUUCUCAGCGAAAAGCCACCAUUGAUGCUGGUACCAUUGCGGGCCUUAAUGUUAUUCGAAUAAUCAAUGAACCUACUGCUGCUGCGAUUGCAUAUGGUCUUGAUAAGAGAAGAUACUGUGAUGGUAAGAGAAAUAUUUUUGUCUUUGACCUUGGUGGUGGGACUUUUGAUGUGUCUAUCCUCACCAUUAAAGGUGAUGUCUUUAAAGUAAAAGCCACGGCUGGAAACACUCAUCUUGGAGGAGAGGACUUUGAUAACAGAUUGGUGAAUUAUUUUGUACAAGAGUUCAAGAAGAAACAUAAAGUGGACAUUAGUCUUAACCCAAGAGCCUUAAGAAGGUUGAGAACUGCUUGCGAAAAAGCUAAAAGAACACUCUCCUUUGCCUUUGUAGCCACAAUUGAGGUUGAUUCUUUAUUUCAUGGAAUUGACUUCUUUUCAUCAAUAACUCGUGCCAAGUUUGAGGAAAUUAAUAUGGACUUGUUUAAUGAAUGUAUGAAAACUGUUGAUAGUUGUUUGAACGACUCAAAGAUCUGCAAUAGUGAUAUAGAUGAUGUUGUUCUUGUGGGUGGCUCCUCCAGGAUUCCCAAAGUGCAAGAUCUGUUGCAAGACUUUUUCAAGGGAAAAGAUUUGUGCAAGAGUAUAAAUCCGGAUGAGGCUGUUGCUUAUGGUGCAGCUGUUCAGGCUGCUAUUUUGAGUGAAGGCUUUAAGAAUGCCCCGAACUUGGUGCUGCGAGAUGCUACUCCAUUAUCACUUGGUAUCUCAACAGGCAUUGAUGAUGUCAUGAGUGUGGUGAUUCCCAGGAACACUACCAUACCUGUCAAGAUGUCUAGAGGAUUUGUUACAGCUAUAGAUAACCAUUGCAGUGUCCCGAUUAACGUUUAUGAAGGUGAGAGAGCAAGAGCCCCAGAUAACAACCUACUUGGUAUGUUCAGUCUUUCUUGUCUUCCAGGUGCUCCUCGGGGUCAGCCCUUAGAUGUAUGUUUUGUCAUUGAUGAAAAUGGUGUCCUAAGUGUUUCUGCUAAGGAAGUAUCUACUGGCAAUACAAAUGAGAUCACUAUAACCAAUGACAGAGAAAGAUUGUCAACACUCGAAAUGAAAAAAAUGAUUGAAGAAGCCGAAAGAUACAAAGUUGAAGAUAAGAAGUUUUUAAGAAAGGCCAAGGUAAUGAGUGGAUUGGAUUAUUGUGUUUAUAAUAUGAAGAAUGCUUUAAAGGAGGAUGUUAGUUUAAAGCUCUCCCCUCAAGAAAGUGCGAAGAUUAACAAUGCAAUUACGGUGGCCACAAAUUUACUUGCCGGGAAUAACAACACAAAUGAAAUAGAUGUUCUUGAGAAUCAUCUGAAGGAGCUUGAGAGCAUGUUGAAACACCUUGUAGCCAUGAAUGGCUAG